UGAGGGCAUAGGAGGUCCCACUGGCUCAACGAACACCAGUCGCCUCUGUACCUUCGUCUGUAGCUGACCUGCCGCCGUCCACCCCUUCAACACACAUCAACAUGGAUAUGCUGGAUGAAGAACAGAUUGGGGCCCUCCAGAAGGCCUUCGACUCCUUCGACACUGAUAGCAAGGGCUUCAUCACCCCGGAGACCGUUGGCGUUAUCCUCAGGAUGAUGGGCGUCAAGAUCUCUGAGAAGAACCUUCAGGAGGUUAUCGCCGAGACUGACGAGGACGGUUCCGGUGAGUUGGAGUUCGAGGAGUUCGUGGAGUUGGCCGCUAAGUUCCUGAUUGAGGAGGACGAGGAGGCGCUGAAGGCCGAGCUAAGAGAGGCCUUCCGUGUGUACGACAAAGGCGGUAACGGCUACAUCACCACCGAUGUCCUGAAGGAGAUCCUGAGAGAGCUGGACAACAGGUUGACUGAGGAGGAUCUUGACAGCAUCAUUGAGGAGGUGGACGAAGACGGCUCCGGCACCCUCGACUUUGAUGAGUUCAUGGAUAUGAUGAACGGUUGAGAUUAUUCUUCCUUCUCGCUGACUGAGGCCGCCGCGUUAUUCAUUUGUUUUUUUAUCAUUCCUAUUCUCUCAUUCACUUGUUUUCUUAACUUAUUUUUUUACGUUUCUCAUUCAUCUAUAGUAUUUUGUUAUUGUUAAUCGUUCUUGUUAAUUAAUGAAGCGGGUUUUUUUCUCAGUUGCUUUUGUUUAUUUUGUUUAUGUUUUCGUUCUGUGGCUUUUGUUAAAUUUUCCACAGUUGUUUGUUAUUUUUUUAUGUGCUUAUCCCAUAGAGCAAGAUGCUGAGACACUGAUAUUUCUGCUUAUUCCUGAGACAGUUCGCUGAGACUAUGUUUACAUCUUGAGACUUUUAGACAAUCAUUGAGGCUUUUUUUAAUCUGCUUAUCCCUAAGAAAUUGUUUAGAACUUCAUUUUCUGCUGCUGAAGGAAAGUCGCAAAAUUAUUUCUGCUUUUUUUAAUGUACCUGAAACUAUUUUUUUUUACAGGACAGUAUUACAAAAGUUGCUGUUGUUUGAGGCAGUUGUUAUAGCUUGUCACUAUUGUUUUGUUUUUAUUUUACAUCUAAGACUCUUCCUCCUUCCUCUACUUCCUCAUCUCUCUUCUUCCCCCUCCCUCUUCUUCCUUCUCUCUCUUCUUCCUCCUCCCUCUUCGCCUUUCUUCCUCUCCUACAACCUUUUUAAAGUUGCUAAAGAUCGAGAAGAACAGAAUUUUAAGACUUUCUUUAGUUUGUACCUGAAACCUUCACCAAGUCAUCUUCACCUAUACAUGAAGGUCUUAAGACGACACAUAAGACUCUUUUUGGUUAUUUGAGACGUUUAUGACAACUCUCUGUAGUUUUUUCAUCUUUAUUGCAUUCAUCCUGUGUUUUUAUGUAUUUUCAGUUACUUUCGUGCAGGUGUUUGUUCCUCCUGUAGUGAAUAUAGCCCGCCAGUGUGUUUACAAAAUGAUACGACUUGGCCCGCCUGGCUAUACGUAGAUCUCCUUUUGUAUUUUUAUGUUCUGUAGUUGCCAUUUACUUUCCUUAUACUAUAGUUAUCAUCAGUUUUAAACGUCUAUAUUUAUUUUACGUAGGUUUUUAAUUCCUCUUCUCUACAUUUCCUGUAUUUUAUAAGUGCAAUGCUCAUUUGCUUGAGGCUUUUUUUAUUAUCAUCAGUUGCUUGUAUUUUCGUUCUUACAUUUGUUUUGCGAUGCUCAAAUGUUUGUUAUGAACUCCGUGUGCGUCCUGCGCUUCCCACGCUUUUUCGAGGUGUUUCUAUACUUCUGCUGCUUCAUAUUUUUUUAGAAUUUAUUAAUGUAUCACUACACUUUUAUCAUUUAAUAGAUUUUUUUCUAAACUGUUAUCAUUUAUUACGUGUUUCUAAACUUUUUUACACUUAUAUAUGAAUUUCAAUACUUAUUUCACUUAUAAAUGUAUAUCCAUACUUCUUUCACUUAUGAUUUACUUCAUCUAUGGAUUUCUAAGUACUGUAUAUCGCCUCUGGUCACGCUCUGGGGCCUGGGUGAAGACGCCCCCCUUCAGCGGUUAAUCUCAGUUGAUAUAGAAUAAACAACUAUGAAUA